AUGCAGGCGGGAUCGGGGACCGACCGUCUGCUCCUGCAGACGGUGAACGAUGUGCUUCGUGCACAUGAGACCCGUGAUGCCCUGGCCACUGCAAGCCUGGCCGACCUCAACUCUUACACCAAGCGCUUUGCCCGCCUGGCCGGCCCUGGGAGCGGGGAGAUCGAUCUGCCCGCCCUCCUCCACCACUUCGACUCGGAGCUGCUGACGGGCACAGCGUUGCAGCGCAUCCUGGAGCACGUCGGGGUGGCGGGGGUGGCCCACGUGACCCGGGGCCAGUUCCUCGCCGUGGCCCACCUCGUGUGCACCGUGCUGCAGCAGGUGCAACAGGCGCUGUUUGAGGGCGAGGCGUCAGAUGGGAGCCUGGCCUCCCCCACUCCGGCGGCCAAGCACGCCAGCCCCGCCACCUCCCAGCACAGCUGCAUCGCGCGGCGCCGCACCGCCAGCGGGCCGGGGGCGAACUGGAGCAUCCGGGCCGAGCGGGGCGCCGCCCGUGGCGCUCGGCGCACCCACCAUCCCACCGUGGCGGAGCUCCUGAGCCAGGCGGGGGCGGAGGAGGGCAGCCAGGCUCCCUCUUGUAGCGCGAGUGACGAGGGCAGCCGCAGCGCCUGGCAGGCCUUUUCUGGCUCGCUGGAGGAGGUCUCCAGCGCCAGCCUGGACUGGGAAUGCGUGACACCCACCAGCCGCCCCCUGGACCUGUGGAGCCAGGGCUACCACAUACGAGGGGGCCUGAGCCGGGAGUCCGGCUGGCGCCUGUUCCAGCGCAGUGGGAUCGGCGCCGAAGACUUCCUGGCGGCCUGGACGCUGGCCGCAGGGGGGAACUCCGGGCCCCUGGCGCGCCAGGAGUUCUGCCUGCUGGUGCACCUCCUGCACAGCAUCCAGCGCGGAUUCAACCUGCCCAGCAGCCUCGGCCCAGAGGAGGCCCACCGGCUGCUGGGCCGCAUGCUGACGCCAGGCGGCUCCAGCACCCACCUCCGCCUGGACCUGGACCGGCUGAGGAUUGCGCUGCACACAGAGGGGGCGGCGCAGCCGGCCUCCAGCCGCCAGACCUCCCCCGGCGCGCUGACCACGGCCCGCACGGAGGCCGUGUCCACCGGCUUUGCCACCGCUCGAGGGCCCGAGGCCACCUCCUUCCUCCAGGGCCACCACGACAGGCUGGAGGUGGGCCUCAGGGUGGCCCGCUUCACGUACCGCAAGGACCUGGACCGCCCCUUUGUCACCAUGUCUGUCCGGGACGGAGCCGGAAGGCUGGUGGAGAUGCCCCAGGACAGCUGCCCUGGACGCUACUCGCGCAUGGCCGACUCCGUCGUCUUCAGGCAGAGCAUGUGCCUGGGCACCCCCCUGUCCCAGCUGCCCCCAGGGAGCUCCAUCUUCUUCGAGCUGCGGCACUGGAAGGGGAAGGAGCACCGCUUCUCGACCCUGGCCUGGACCGCAGUGCCCCUGGAAAGGGUGCUGGACGCAGGGCCGGCCGCGACCAGGGUGCGAGAGGGCGACCUCAAGCUGCCCCUGUUCAAGAAGCCGCUGGACGUGUCGCUGCAGCGCAUGCGACGCCUGGGCGGCAGAGCCGACUUCCAGCUCGCGUGUGUGGGACUGCAGGACGAGACGCCUGCGACGGCCGGGACGCUGUCGGACCUCGGCCUUCCCCAUGCCUGUCGAGAGGUCGUCGACAAGGCAGAGGUGUCUGUCCUCUCCGAGAUCGAGCAGUCCAUCCUGCAGAUCGCCGUGAGCAUCCUGGAGGGCGCGGGGUUUCAGUACGCCAUUCCAAACAGGUCCAAGGGCAAUCAGCUCUACGUUCCCGAGCUGGACCGAAUCGUGCUGAAGAGCUCCACAUCGCAGCGUGCUUUUGCGAGCACCGCGACCUGCCGCAAGGCGGCCAUCACCACCCGCAUCCUGCAGCUCGUCCACGAGCUGUGCACCAAGCGCAUCCACGUCACCAAGCGUGACCUGUUCUACACCGAUGUCAAGCUGUUCGAGGAUCAAGGCCACUCGGAUGCUGUGCUGGAUGACGUCGCGUGCCUCUUGGGCUGCACCCGCUCCAGCCUGAAUGUCAUCGCGUCGGAGAAGGGCGUGGUGGUUGGGAGACUGACCUUCAGGGAGGACGGCGAUGUGAUCGACUGCAGCCGCAUGGGCGUCGGCGGCAAGGCCAUCCCGCCCAACGUGGACAAGGUCACCGCCAUCCAGUCCGAUGCCAAGUUCAUCCUGCUGGUGGAAAAGGACGCCGCCUUCAUGCGCCUGGCAGAGGACCGCUUCUACAACACCUACCCCUGCAUCAUCAUCACCGCAAAGGGCCAGCCUGACGUUGCCACGAGGCUAUUCCUGAGGAAGCUGAAGCUGGACCUGAAGAUUCCCGUGCUUGCCUUGGUGGAUGCAGAUCCCUACGGCCUGAAGAUCCUGGCAGUGUACAUGAAGGGGUCCAUGAACAUGUCGUACGAUUCCUCCAACCUCACCACGCCAGACAUCAAGUGGUUGGGCGUCCGGCCGUCAGACCUGGACCGCUUCAGCAUUCCGGAGCAGUGCCGGCUGCCCAUGACAGAGGAGGAUAUCAAGACCGGGAGAAAGCUUCUGGAGGAGGACUUUGUCAAAGCAAACCCAGACUGGGUGCGGGAGCUGCAGCUAAUGCAAACCAGCAAGGUCAAGGCCGAGAUCCAGGCUCUCAGCAGUUUUGGUUUCCAGUACCUGACACAUCAGUACCUCCCGCUCAAGCUACAGGAAGGAGAUUGGAUUUGA